GUAGUGAGUAUCCCGAAACUCCCAUUUUAGAGAGCCAAACAUGGAUUCCGAGCUCUAUGAAGCCGCUGUGGAAGGAAAUGUGCGUUCUUUGGUUGAGUUACUUGGAAAAGAUAAGUUGCUUCUUGACAGAAUUAUGACUGGGAAUCGCAAUGAGACUCCUUUGCACGUUGCAACCAUGCUCGGACACUUGGAUUUCGUGGAAGAGAUCCUAGUUCGAAAGACUGAGCUAGCAAGAGAGCAAGAUUCUCAGAGUUUGACGCCUCUUCAUCUCGCGGCAGCAAAAGGGUACCUUCACAUAGUGGAAAGCUUGGUAAGAGUCAACCCCGAAAUAUGUUUCGUCCGUGACAAAUACAAAAGAAACCCUCUUCAUGUCGCAGCUAUGAAAGGGCAUGUGGAUGUGUUGGAAUGCUUGGUUCGAGCAACACUUGAUGCAGCUCAUAGUGUCGUCGAAAAUGGCCAAACGAUUCUGCAUUUAUGUGUGAAGCACAAUAGACUGGAAGCUUUGAAGCUUUUGAUAGAUAUAUUGGGUGAUGAUCAGUUUAUCAACUCGAGGGACGAAGAUGGUAACACAAUUUUACAUUUGGCUGCUGUAGAUGGACAAACCGAGACUAUAAUCUUCCUUACUAAUAAAGGAGUAGACCCAAACAUUACGAACUCCAAAGGUUUCACAGCACUAGGCCUACUGGCACAAGGCCAAAGCAUGGAAAGAGCCUUAGAGAUAGUGAAUUCUGUUCCUCAAACUUCAGAGAAUCACAACCCAUCCAAAGGAACAGUCUUUCCGAAUAACACGGGCACCACCUUCCUUCCACUUACGAAAAAAAGAGAUCAAGAGGGAAGGAAAAAGAAAGUGGCAACAAGGUAUGCAUGAGGCGCUAAUGAUUGUGGCGAUAUUGGUCGCUACCAUAGCUUACGAAGCGGGUAAGGACCCACCUGACGAAUCUGCAAAGGCAAUGAACGGCUUCGAUGACUAUUACCAGUUUUCAAAGCAUCUAACACGAUAAGCUUCAUCGCAUCACUUAGCACCAUUAUAUUUCUCAUAAGUGAUCUUCCCUUAAAGCGGCGUCGGAUCACCACUUGGAUUGUAAUGCUAACUAUGUGGGUUGCGAUAACCUGCACAGCAUUGAGUUAUUCAAUCCUUAUGGUAUUCGCCUCACCGGAGAAGGACAAAACGUAUGAUCCGCUUAAUCCAAUUAAGGAUCCAAUAGUUGUAAUUGCGGUGAAAGCAUGGACAUGGUUGAUGUCUCUUAUUUUCCUGUGCCAUGUAAUCCGCUUAAUCUGGAAAUUGGUACUCAAAGUCCUGAAGUUAGUCUGCAAAGCCCUGAAAUUUGUCUACAAAGCCUUCAAUAAAGGGAAGAGGGAGGAUCCUAUGGUUUAGUGGCUUUCUACAGCUAAAGUGCGUUUGUCCUAGAAGAAAUGCAUUGAGCCAUGAGUCCAUGCAAGAGUAGAUGCUAUAUAUUAUGUGCUAUUCAGUGUGCCCAUUAGCCAAUUAUGUACGAUACGUUUGAGAAUGCAUGUGUCUAUGUGCUGGUUUAAACAAUAAGUGUCUUAGACGUCGAUGGAUGAUGCAUGUAAAAGAAUGGAGUUUACAUGGAUGAUGUAAUGGAGUAUCAACAGUAGGUAAUAUGAAUACA